AAGAGAAAUGUGAACAGCUUUUAGUUGAUAUGCUGCUGUCUAGAGAUUAAUGGAACGAUGGUUGGUUCAUUAAUGAUUGGACUGAGCAGCAGUGUCUGAAAGUAUUGAGUUUUGCUGGACUGAAAAAGGCAUCUGGUUUUGACAGUUCCUGGACUGUUGCCUCUACAAUGAGUGUCAAUGAGAGAAGAGGAGAGGAAGGUGCUGCUCGGACAAAUAAAGCAGUAUCUCCAAAACCCUGUCUUGAGUCUAUGAAGAGCUUUGAGUCCAUUGGCAGCCCCCCUAACAUUAGUGAUUCCAAAUCCAGCAAUGCCUUUAAAGAAGAGGGUGCUGUUCAGACAUAUAAAGCAGCAUCUCAAAAACAUGGUCUUGUGUCUAUGAAGAGCUUCGAAUCCAUUGGCAGCCCCCCUAAUUUUAGUGAUUCCAGCAAUUCCUUUAAGGAGGACGCUGUUCAGAAACAUAAAGAAGUAUGUCUAGAACCCAGCGUGUCUCUGAAGAGUAACAAAUCUUUUGGAAACCCCCCUAAUAUUAGAGAUGGAGCAGUGACUUCUGACCCCGACAAGCAGAAUAUCAAAGCAGCAGCCCUGCAGAGAGACACAUUACUGGAGGAGACUGAUGGCAUGCAGCAAAAUUCUUUCCAACCAGUGAAUGAUGUCUUGCAGAGAGUCAAAGGCCAAAACAAAACCAGCAUGAAGAAGAAGUAUGAGAGAUUAUUUGAAGGAAUCAAACUAGAAGAGAACCAUACCCUCUUGAAGAUGAUCUACACACAGCUCUACAUCAUAGAGGGAGAGAGUGAAGGAGUGAAUGAAGAACAUGAGGUUUUACAGAUGGAGAAAACACACAGAACACAAGACACUUCCAUCUGCUGCAAUAACAUCUUUAAACCCUUAAAUCAACCAGGACAUGAGGAGAAAGAUGAAAUCAAGACUGUUCUUACUAAAGGCAUCGCUGGAAUUGGAAAAACCGUCUCUGUGCAGAAGUUCAUUCUGGACUGGAGCGAGGGAAAAGCCAAUCGGGAUGUAGAUUUCAUGUUUGUUCUUCCAUUUCGAGAGCUGAACUUGAUUAAAGAUCAUCAGUACAGUCUUCACAGACUUCUACUGGACUUUUAUCCUGAACUUCAAGAUCUGGACCCAAAGAUUUAUGAGGAGUGUAAAGUUGUGUUCAUCUUUGAUGGUCUGGAUGAAAGCAGAAUUACACUGGUGUUUUCAGAUGAUGAGAAAGUUUGUGAUGUGAAUGAGUCUUCAUCAGUGGGUGUGUUGAUGUCAAACCUCAUCAGAGGAGAGCUGCUUCCCUCUGCUCUCAUCUGGAUCUCCUCCAGACCAGCAGCAGCCAAUCAGAUCCCCUCAAAAUACAUCAACCGUGUGACAGAAAUUCAGGGAUUCAAUGAGCCGCAGAAGGAGGAAUAUUUCAGGAAGAGAAUCAGUGAUGAGCAUCAAGCCAGCAGAAUCAUCUCACACAUUAGACGAUCAAAAAGCCACUACACCAUGUGCCACAUACCUGUCUUCUGCUGGAUCUCAGCCACUGUGCUUCAAAACCUCCUGAAACAAGAUGACAGUGCAGAAAUCCCUCAAACUCUGACUGAAAUGUACAUCCACUUCCUGCUGACUCAAAUAAAACAAAAGAAUCAUAAAAAAAAACAUAGAGAUCCAGAGAAACUCCUGAAGUCCAGCAGAGAUAUGAUUGUGAAACUUGCUGAACUGGCUUUCAAACAGCUGAUGAAGGGCAAUGUGAUGUUCUACGAGAAGGACCUGAUUGAGAGCGGGAUAGAUGUCACUGAUGCCUCAGUGUAUUCUGGGAUUUGCACUGAGAUCUUUAAGGAGGAAUCUGUGAUUCAUCAGAGGAAAGUCUACUGCUUCAUUCAUCUGAGCUUUCAGGAGUUUCUAUCUGCUUUAUAUGGAAUUGAGGAAAAGGUUCAACAAAAUCACUAAAAACAACCUGUAACAAAUACUAAGAAAAAAAUUAAAAACAAUGAAAUCUCUCUGUAUGAGCUGCUACAAGCAGCAGUUGAUAAAUCUUUAAACAGUAAAAAUGGACACCUGGAUCUUUUCCUGCGGUUUCUGCUGGGUGUCUCAUUGGAGUCCAAUCAGAGACUCAUUAAGGAUUUAUUGACACACACAGUGAACAGCUCAGAGACAAUCAAGAGAAUCACACAGUACACUAAAGACUCAAUCAAGGGUGAUCAACUUUUCUUAGCUGACAGAUGCAUCAAUCUGUUCCUCUGUCUGCUGGAAAUGAAGGAUCAGACUCUGUACAGAGAGAUUCAGGAGUUUGUAAAAUCAAACACUCGCUCAGUAAAUCAACUCUCGCCAUCUCACUGCUCAACAAUCGCCUACAUGCUUCAGGUAUCAGAGGAGGUACUGGAUGAGUUUGAUCCGAGGAAAUACAACACAUCAGAUGAGGGUAGAAGAAGAUUGAUACCAGCUGUGGUGAACUGCAGAAAAGCUAUACUUGCUUACUGUAAUCUCAGUGAUCAGUGCUGUGAAAGUUUGUCUUCAUGUCUACAAUCAUCAAACUCGCUGAGAGUGCUGGACCUGAGUAACAAUGGCCUGCAGGAUUUAGGAGUGAAGCUCCUGUCCGAUGGACUGAAGAGUUCACACUGUCAACUCAACAUACUGAGGUUGAAAUGUUGCAAUCUUACUGACCAGUGCUGUGGAAGUUUGUCUUCAUCUCUACAAUCAUCAAACUCACUGAGAGAGCUGGACCUGAGUAACAAUGACCUACAGGAUUCAGGAGUGAAGCUGCUCUCUGAUGGACUGAAGAGUUCACACUGUCAACUCAACAUACUGAGAUUAUCUGGCUGUAUGGUGACAGAAGAAGGCUGUUGUUUUCUGGCUUCAGCUCUGAGUUCAAACCCCUCACACCUGAGAGAGCUGGAUCUGAGCUACAAUCACCCAGGACAAUCAUUAGUCAAGCUGCUCUCUGAUCCAAACUACAGACUGGACAAACUCAGUGUGGAUCAUGGAGGAGAGAUCAGGAUUAAACCAGGACUGCAGAAAUAUGCAUGUGAUCUCACUGUGGAUCCAAACACAGCAAACACUCAUCUCACUCUGUCUGAGAGGAACAGAAAGAUGACAUAUGUGAGAGAGAAGCAGCCGUAUCCUGAUCAUCCAGACAGAUUUGAUGAAUGUCUUCAGGUUCUGUGUAGAGAGAGUCUGUUUGGACGCUGUUACUGGGAGGUUAAAUGGAGCAGUGGUCAUAUUUUUAUAUCAAUGGCAUAUAAAAGAAUCAAGAGGAAAGGAACGGAAGACUGUUGGUUUGGACACAAUGAAAUAUCCUGGUGUCUGUACUGUGUAAUGAACAGAUUCAUUGUCAAACACAAUAGUGAGAGCAGAUUGUUAUCUCUCAGUUUAAAAUGCUCUAACAGAGUAGGAGUGUAUCUGGACUGGUCAGCCGGCACUCUGUCCUUCUACAGCAUCUCUGACACACACACAUUCACACACAUACACACAUUCAACACCACAUUCACUGAACCUCUCUAUGCUGGAUUUGGGGUUGAUUAUGAUAGUUCAGUGUCUCUGUGUGAGAUCAGUCAACCUCUUCAGAGAAACUGAGACACAGUUGAGUGAAAAACUAUCUCUCUCUUUAACUCACACAGCUGUAAACUCUUUCUCUUUUCUAAUUUUAAUUUCAGUGUGUGUAUAGAAACACACACUUUGAUUUCAAUCUAAAUGAGACACAUCACAGACUUUUAUUUUUUUGUUCUAAAACUGAUGAAUUUUGAUUUGACAUUUGAGUCUCUGAGUGUCACCUGUUGGAAGAUUUAGUUUCUCGCUCACAAGAAGCAGUAAGCUCAUGCUCUAUUAAAACUCAAUACAAUACUGAAAAGUACUUUCAAAGCAAUUUCAAAGAGAUUUGUGUCCUACAAAUAUAGGCCUUAUCUGUAUAGACUUUAUAUGUGACCCUGGAGCACAAAAGCAGUCUUAAGUCGCUGGGGUAUAUUUCUAGCGAUAGCUAUGGGUCAAAAUGAUUGAUUUUCUUUUAUGUCAAAAAUCAUUAAGAUAUUAGGUAAAAAUCAUGUUGCAUGAAGAUAAUCUGUAAAUGUCCUACUGUAAAUAUAUAAAAACGUAAUUUUUGAUUAGUAAUAUGCAUUGCUAAGAACUUCAUUAGGAUAAAUUUAAAGGCGAUUUUCUCAGUAUUUUGA